ACUUUCUCUGCAGUCUUACGCGGACGAGAAGUUUGUGUACAGCUAUUUCAGGAAUUCAAUUAGAAUUUUGAACAGGCAUACGCCACAACGUUCUCACGCCUCAGUGUCACAUAACAAUAGACCCACACAUUCGCUAUUUGUGGAGACGCUCCCAAUAGAAUUCAUGUGGCGCCUUGCGAGGACCAGACAAAAUGUCGUUCAUUUUGAUAAGACCCAUCCUUUGGAUUCUACUGGGCAAGGAUUUGGUAGUCUCCGCCAUCUUACCUGACUUCCCCAUCGCACCAUUUUCACCACCUGAUGCUCUAGAAGCGACCACUGGUCCAUCUGAUGUCGAAACAGACACGACAGCGCCCCCCAUUCCUUACGGACCAAUGCCCUUCGAUCGACUUGGUCGAGCCCAGCUACUGCAAGUGUAUAACACGGGGAGAACUUCUGUAGACCCACCGGCUACUGACAUGAAUAAAGUGGUUUGGAGUACUGAGCUCGCUGAAGCAGCUGGGUCUGCCCUGGAAACCUGCGUGUAUGAGAUUGUUCACGCUCAACUUAUUUCCGAUGGUCUGUGGUUGAUUCAGAUGGCAAGCUACUCGGAUAUUGAUGUUCACCUCAGCGACACAUUGACGCAGUGGUUCACCUUUGGCGACUACUAUAACUACCAUCAGAAGUCUUGCUCUGCACAUUCCCAAGCAAUUUGCAACAUCUACAGAUUGCUUUCUUGGUCUUCAAUGUCAGCAGUUGGCUGUUCCCAGCAUUACUGUAAAAAUCUUCACAAUUCCUUCACUGGAGAAACGAAGCAUAAUCAGCUCUACUGGAAGUGCAAUCACAGAAACAUUGGGUACUUUACGGAUGCAACUCUCAAUCCCUACACCAACGGUACGGUCAACGAAUCCUGCACGCAGUGUGAGAGUGGCUCCGGUUGGUGUGAUAAUGGACUAUGUAGUAAUGAGUGUGACGUAACGACAGCUAACUGCUCAUGCACUCUGGAUCCACUCUGCAGCGGGAAUGGCCAACUGAAUGUAACAACAUGCGAAUGCAACUGCACCGAGAACUGGGUUGGAAACAGCUGUGAUCAAUGUGCUGUAAUGUGUCAGACAUACUCAAAACUCAAUCAAAUCCUGUGCCAGUGUGAAUGUCUACGUGGAUACCAACUGAACUCAACUACGACAAAUUGUGAAGAUGUAGACGAAUGUCAGGCGUCUCAUGGAUGUGAACACACCUGUGAAAACACUCAGGGAUCCUACAUUUGCAAGUGUUUAACUGGGUUCAGUCUCAAUGACGACGGUCAGACAUGUGCUUUAGCAUCCGGGUACUCAUCAUUUCUGAGUGGUGCUACAUCUUUACCAACGACUACGAUUGAUCUAACCACAUCACAACCUAAUCCAGUUUGUGGUGUGGAAAUCGUCUGCAAUGGUAGUGGCGUUUUAGAUCCUCAGACUUGUGAAUGCUACUGUGCCUCCGGCUACAAGGGCAGUGCCUGUGAUGAGCAGUGCCCGAUAACAGACAGAGAAUGUUGGUCAGGCUAUAGGCAGCCACCAGCCGGUUUGGGUACUGAUUAUUGCCCAGUUUACUGCUUUGGAUGUGCAUGUCAACAGUCAGAGAAUGCUUGUGAAAACAACGGCACUUAUUCGAAGGUUCCUGGGUACGAGCUGCACAACGGUAUGUGCCGUUGCUACUGCCCAUUUCCUUGGAGCGGACUCACGUGUGAAGAAUGUAACCUGUCUUGUUACAAUGGAGGAACUCUUGAUCCUUCGACUUGCACCUGCACCUGCCCCGUGGGAUACAGACCACCGGACUGCUCAGCACAAUGCAAAGCCGAUAUAUCUCGAUGGUGUACAAGCAGACUGGCGCCUUUCUGUGAUCAGAUGCCAGUCAUCCGUAAACACUGCCCUGUCAUGUGUGGUACAUGUGCCUUGUAAAAUUCUUAUUUCUGUAUUGUAUGAAUUGGUUGGUUUGUAUGAAGUAAAACCGUGGAUCAGAAGGAGACGCCAGGGCCAAAAAGAGAUAUUUGAUGUUUUAAUUUGAUUUUUACUUCGACUCACUCUUCAGUUGUUUAUCCGAACGAUAGGGGUAGCUUAAACACCACUUCCACAAACUCUUGGUAUCAUUUCUUCUACUUUAACUUAAAAUACAUGUAUUAAAUUUUCAAGCUUCCACUUUUCCAUGCACGUACAAAUCCAUUUUUCUUUCCUUUAACUGUAUAAAGUUAAGUUCGAUGAUUCCUAAAUUCUUAUUUUGUAGUAUGUUUUGUAAAGACACAUUCACUUCAUUUGGCAUACUUAGCAGUUGUUCUAUUUUUUUAUUUAUUUGUAUUCAAUAGUACAUGUAUCACGUUUCCUGUACAGUUGUCAAUAUUUUGCAGUUGUUUUGCAAAUACAUCCGGGACCUGAUCAGCAGACACACUGUACACCAGUGUCACCACUUGAUGUUGAUUACUUACAAGGCAAUGGAUAAGCACAGAUUGGAAGGGCGUGAAUAUUUCUCAACAUAUUUCAUGAAUGUAAAACAUUCCAAUGAAAAUGAAUGGAAGUAACUAUUGCAUGAUUUGGGUGAAUAAUUGUUCAUCGUUUCUUUAUUAUAUGACGGACUUUUUGCCAAAGAAAGGGGAAAAAUCUUGCAGCAGGCAUGUUUUCUGUGAGAGAGCAUGCCAACAUGUGGCCCACCUUUAGGAAAAGGUGGAGAGUUUUCUUGACGGCAAGCAGCCAACAGUCCCUCGUAUUGUGAAUCUCAGAAAGAUUAAGUUACCCAAAAUGCCGGUCUUCAUAAUAUUCUAAAUCUGCAACAGAAGGCUCCGCUUUCUUUCGAGCAUCCAGUGACAAAACGUCAUUUAACAUUAAUGGUCCAAUAAAUACAUGUAUACCCACAGCUUCAUUUGGUGAGAUAGGUCUGUACUUUAUGUAUCCAAUAUUUACCUUAUUCAUCUGAAAACAUAGUGUAACUUACCGGCAACAAACACGUUCCCCAAUAAACACAAAAGAGUGACCUGUUUUCCAGAA